AUGAAAAUCAUUUCAACUAUCGUCUUCUUAAUGUGUGUAUUUCUCACAUAUGUUUCAACUGUUCGAAUUGGUUCAUUUAAUUUACAUCAAUAUGGACCUACAAAAGCAGCAAAUGCUACAUUGACAGGUCUUAUAGCUGAUAUUCUUAAUGAUUUCGAUGUGGCUGUUAUUCAAGAAAUUACAGAUGUUACAAUACAAGCUCCAUAUGUUUUAUAUACAGCUUUAAAUAAUAGAUCAAUAUCAUAUCCAUAUACCAUGGCAUUAAGCGAACGUGUUGGACGUUCAACAUCAAAAGAACAAUAUAUAUUUUUCAAUCGUGAAUCAACAUCAGGUGUUAAACUUAUUAAUUAUUAUCUCUAUGAUGAUGUUGGAAAUCGACUUGGCGGACGUACUGUUCGUUAUAUAAAUGAAAAUCGUAAUGGUUAUAACAAUUUUGAAUCAGUUUCCAGUACUCCUGAUAAACGUUCACAUAGUUGUAGUUUCAUACAUUCAGCUUAUAGUUUUGAAUCCUAUUUUGAUAAUAAAAAUGCCAAUGAUACAAAUAACUAUAGUAAUCAUGAAAAUGAUAAUAAUUGCCUAUGA